CCAGUAAGUACACGGAGAAGGACAGCGGAGGGAUGCUCGUCUGGUCUCCGUAUCACAACAUCCUGGACUCCAAAUUGGAUGAAUACAUCGCUCUAGCCAAAGAGAAACAUGGAUACAACGUGGAGCAGGCCCUCGGCAUGCUCUUCUGGCACAAACACAACAUCGACAAGUCUCUGGCCGACCUGCCGAACUUCACACCGUUCCCAGACGAGUGGACGGUGGAGGACAAGGUCCUGUUUGAGCAGGCCUUCAGCUUCCACGGGAAGAGCUUCCACCGCAUCCAGCAGAUGUUACCAGAUAAAUCCAUCUCCAGUCUGGUGAAGUACUACUACUCCUGGAAGAAGACUCGCUCCAGAACCAGUCUGAUGGACCGCCAGGCUCGGAAACUGGCCAACAGGAGUAACCAGGACGACAGUGACGAGGAGAUGGAGGAGGCCAAUCCGAUCGAAGCCAACGACAGCGACUACGACCCCAACAAGGAAACCAAGAAAGAGAAUCCGGUGGAGCCUGCGGCGGCGGUGGGCUCUAAGGUGGCGUUGGGCCGGCGGGAGCAUCAGACCCUGCAGCACCGGCACCACCAGCGCUCCCGCUGCCGCCCCCCCAAAGGCAUGUACCUGACCCAGGAGGACGUGGUGGCCGUGUCCUGCAGCGCCUCGGCCGCCAACACGCUGCUACGCCAGCUGGACAUGGAGCUGGUGUCCCUCAAGAGACAGGUGCAGAACGCCAAACAGAUGAACAGCGGCCUGAAGAACGCGCUUGAGGCGGGGAUCGAGGAGUUCAGACUGGCUGAGUGUAACCAGAAGGUGAACGCCCGCUGGACCACCGACGAGCAGCUCCUGGCUGUUCAAGGUGUGAGGAAGUACGGCAAGGACUUCCAGGCGAUCGCCGACGUGAUCGGGAACAAGACGCUGGGCCAGGUGAAGAACUUCUUCGUCAACUACCGGCGGCGGUUCAACCUGGACGAGGUGCUGCAGGAGUGGGAGGCGGAGCAGGGCACGCGGGCGCCCAACGGGGACAGCGCCACCUCUGGAGAGGAGGGGAAGACCAACUCCGCCACGCCGUCAGGGAAGAGCACUGACGAAGAGGACGAAGAGGGUCAGGUGACCUCGUCAGGUGCGUCUCCCGCUGCCUCGUCUUCUUCGGCUCAGGUUGCCAUGACAUCCAGCGCCUCGUCGUCCUCCUCCUCCUCCCUCCACCAGCCCCCCCCGUUGCUGCGGCCCUCCCUGCCGGCCACGCCCUCCCUGCACCGCCAGCCCCCGCCUCUCCAACAGCAGGCUCGCUUCCUGCAGCCGCGGCCCACGCUGCACCAGCCGCCGCCGCUCAUCCGCCCCUCCAACCCGCUGCCCCCCCGCCUCAACCCCCGCCCACCCGCUCCUAUGAGCCUCGGCGGCAACCCCGGGGGGUCGGGUCCGAGCUCCGCCCAGCCGCCCCCCGGCAUGGCCGUCCAUCAAUCAGACGCCUCGUCCUCCUCCCUCCACUGACCAACGUCCACUUUGUGUUGGAAGAAAAAAAUGCUCAAACUGAAGCUGCUGCGUUCAGGUCCUGUGGGAAAUCUGAGCGACGUUAUUCUUCAGAAAAAUGAUUAGAUGAUUAGAGCUGGGCGAUAUGGAGAAAAUCAAAUAUCACCAUAUUUUGGACCAAAUACCUCGAUAUCGAUACCGCAACGAUAUUGUAGUGUUGACUGAUUGGUGCUUUCAUAAAAUAUUAACACAAUGACAUUUUUGAUAAAUAAUCAUCAGUAAUGUGGAUAUAAUGACUAAGUGGGGAAAGGUAAUAGAAACAGAACAGCUAGACCAGUCUGAUAAGUGCAGAAAAUGACAUCACUUAACUGUAAUGCAGCCUUUAAAACCAGGAAAAGACAUUUGUCAUAUCACGAUAUUAAGAUAUCCAAAAUCUAAGACAAUAUGUAGUCUCAUAUCACGAUAUCGAUAUAAUAUCGAUAUAUUGCCCAGCUCUACAGAUGAUUUUUCUACUUGAGAACAUAAAGGUGACACAUUUACACAAAUCUGAGUGUUUGGUUUGAUUUGGUGAGCAGUAUUUUAAGCGUCAACGUUAGUUUUUCCCACAGGACUUAAACGCAGCACGCCUGCUGGUUGAUGGACACACACAGAGGUUUGACUACGAGUCUUUCAGGCUCCAUCUACACUGCUACUUUCUGGUUUAAAAAUGAAUACCUUUUGCUUCGUUUUAAACCUGGCGUCCACACUACUGCUGGCUGUGUGGCGGUUGCUGGACUUUCAAAGAGAGGAAGCUCAUUUUUAGACAUCAUAAAAAUUGUCCAUUUAUUUAUAUGUAAAUUCUGCCCUACGUUCCCUUUUCAAGAAAAUGCCCUAGACGUUUUUCCAGUGACUUGACCAGUGUCCUCUCAUUGGCCGGCAGAGCUAGGCUGCUGAAACGGCCUUGUUGGCCCAUUGUGUUAGGGGUGUAGGACUCGAGCUGCUUUAAACAGGAGAAGCUCUAUUCUACACCUGCAGAUGUAGCUCCAAUUGUUGCCACUAAUGAGAAUUUUUUUUUAAAGCUGAGGCAUUGCAUUGUCCAACUCCAUGUCUUUAAAGGUCCCAUGAUUAUGAAAA